CAACCGGAAGUGAUAUUACCGAUUGAGACUGGCUUCUCGUUUCGCAGGUGCAUCUGAAAGGAUGCUACUGUAGUUGUGGAUAUCUUUAUCGCUCUCUGCCAAAACAUCCACGUAUAGCAGUUCUCUGCCAAUGGACUGACACCCGAAUGCUAAGAUGCUACUGAAAGACAUCCCACGGGAGGCUCUGAUGAGGCCACUAUCCCGAAAUGAAGUAGUGGGAAUGUUAUUGAGGCUAACCAUCUUCGGAGCUGCCACCUAUUAUAGCAUCAAAUGGGUGGUAGAAGCAAUGGACCCUACACACAAACAGAAGAUUCAGGCCAAAAAGAGGGCAGAGCAGCUGAUGAAGCAGAUUGGUGUCGAGGGGGUCAAGCUCACAGAGUAUGAGAUGAACAUCGCUUCUCACCUGGUCGAUCCACGUAGCCUGAAGGUGUCCUGGAGAGACAUAGCAGGGCUGGAUGAGGUCAUCUAUGAACUGCAGGACACAGUCAUCCUACCUUUCCAGAAGAGACACCUGCUGGCUGGUUCCAAACUCUUCCAGCCUCCCAAAGGUGUCUUGUUGUUUGGGCCACCUGGAUGCGGGAAGACCCUUAUCGCCAAGGCGACCGCCAAAGCAUCCGGGUGCCAGUUCAUCAACCUGCAGGCGUCCACACUGACAGACAAGUGGUACGGUGAAUCCCAGAAGCUCACUGCCGCCGUCUUCUCAUUGGCUGUUAAGAUCCAGCCUUGCAUCGUCUUCAUUGAUGAAAUUGAUUCCUUCCUGCGAAACCGCUCCAGCCUGGACCAUGAGGCCACAGCCAUGAUGAAGGCCCAGUUUAUGAGCCUGUGGGACGGGCUGGACACGAGCGCAACCAGCCAGGUGAUGGUGAUGGGAGCUACUAACAGACCUCAGGAUCUGGAUCCAGCCAUCCUGCGCAGGAUGCCAACCACCUUUCAUGUGGGCCUGCCAAGCGCACGACAAAGGCAGGAGAUUCUGAAGCUGAUCCUGGAUGGAGAGAAUCUGAGCAACGCUAUUAACCUGAAGGAGAUAGCGGAGAAGACGGAGGGCUACUCCGGCAGCGACCUCCGGGAGCUGUGUCGGGACGCGGCCAUGUACCGCGUCCGGGACUACGUCCGCAAGCAGCAGAUGAAGCAGAUAGCCCAGCAGCUCCAGGAGGAGGACGAGGAGGACAGGUCUCUUGUAGAGGAGCGACUGAGGCCCGUGACCCAGCUGGACUUGCUGUUUGGCCUGGAUAAGAUGAAGGAGUCCAAGAAGGCCACCAUGCCCCAGAGAUGUCUGGGGGAGGUCCCUCUGGACUAGUCCCCCUCCGGCCUGCCCCCCUUAGACAUCCUAGUUUUCUUGUCGGUGGCCCUGGCCCCCCUGUAUGUUGUCCCCUCCACUCUCAGAUCACUGUUCCAGAUGAGGCCAGGAUUCUUGCUCUUUUAAAAAAAAAUAUAUAUAUUAUCUCAUACUAGUGCACUUGAGACAUUCAAUUCAUUUUUUUACUGUCUGGCUACAGUUCAUAAACAUAACUAAUGCUGCUCCACAUGUGCACAUACACAAUCUUACACAAGGCCAUAGGUUUGGGUUGAACAGGAGUGAGGACAAAACAUCUUUAUCACCCUAUGCUAACAUUAUCCCUACUCUGCCACUGAUUGGUGGGGAUGUUUCAAUUGUCUCUUGGCAUUGAUAGGGACAUGUUCCAAUUGUCCUUCCCUAUGCUCACACACACACACACACCAUGUCACAGCGCACUUGAAGACCUUAAAGGUCAAUAUCGUGACUGACAGCUAAGCUGUCCACACAUGGAUAGACUGUGUGAAAAGGGGGAUAGGCUGUCUGUAUGUCUUCACAUUCGCCAAACAUGCAGCAACAUUUUUGUUAUUCAGACAAACUAGGACGCACAAAUACGCAAAUUGAUGUUUUAAUCAUGCAUUCCUUGUGGAAAGAAAGAAUAAGGAAUAAUUAUGGACACGGUUAUUUUUCUUACUAGAGAAAUGAUCACCAGCGUUGAGUUGUUUGCAUGUCUGUGAUUUUUAUGUGUUAUUAUAUGCGAAAAAAAUAAAUUAUUUAAUGUUGCGUCAGUUCAUAUAACAUUGCACUUGACCAAAGUAUCAGGUUUACUGACACACAUACUGGAUAUGUUUGCAUUUAUAUUUUUCUGUUUUGUUUAUAAUGUUGGACUUGACUUGUGUGGUGUAUUGUAGGUUAAUUAUUUAAGUUACAUUGUUAUGCGUGUGCCAUGGCAGUUAUUAUUUGAUGACAUUUAACAUAAAAAGGAUAUUUGACGUCUUAAACCAUAAAACACAGUAACUCUAAUUACACUGUAACGUGGAAAAAAAAGUGUUCCCCUUUCAAUUGCAGAAUGUUACUACAUUCUAAUAAACCUAUUAUUUUACCUUUUA